AUGGCCUCCAGAAUCGCCAACGCCGCCAAGGGCAUCCGUUUCUCCUCCUCCGCUACCGCCGCUAACCCCUGGUUGGCCGAGCGCAACGCCAUCAAGGAGCACGCCGGUCCCGCUGCCGAGACCUGGCGCAAGGUUUCCAUCUACGUCUGCGUCCCCGCCGUCGUCGCUGCCUCUGCCAACGCCUACAACCUCUGGGCUAAGCACCAGGCUCACUUGGAGCACGAGCGCCACGAGGGUCACGAGGCCAUCAAGUACCCCUACAUGCGCAUGCGCGCCAGGGCCUUCCCCUGGGGUGAUGACUCUUUGUUCUUCAACCCCGAUAUCAACAUGUAA